AUGGAUCUUCCAAGCAGCGCGCCGACCGCGCCGACGGCAUCACCAAUGUCUUCGCCUGACCCAAUCCAUACAACACCUCCCACGUCCAGCCCGAUCCCCGCCGCAAUGUCGUCCGCGAAGCGCAUACCAAGACGUCGCGUCUUCCGUCCUGACGAGGGUUCCCUCUACGACUUGCUAUACGAGCACGCAGGCCUCUCGCUUUUUGUUCGCCCCAUCUGCUGGACUGAUCUGCACAUUCGCCUCCUUGACGCGGCAUUCAUCGAGCUUCCCCCAUGCGACACUCCAGUCCCUCCUCCCUCGCCGCGUGGUGCCCCCGUCUCCCCUUCAAGAUGUCACAUGAAACCAUCUGCCGCUGCGACAACACUCAGCCGAGAGCUCACCGCGAUGCUCGCACCAGGAUCAACGAGGAGCUUAUACACUAACUCAAUACGCACCAUCAUGUCUACCCUUUAUCCCAGCAACCUGUCACAAUCGCGCACGCAGCUCGACAUGCACCUGUACUUCGGCGGCCUAGCAUAUCGCGACACAUGUCGCGUGCAAGUCGCCUGGUUUUCCAUGCCAUCACGCAGCGGUUCUAUUGCCUCGUUCGAGUCGGCCUCGACGCGCCCGGCAGAGUCUUUCAACGCUAUACCCGCUGGUGCCACCAUGAGUUCAAGCAACGGCGGCAGCAGCGAGCAGCUGACGUAUACUCAGCCGGUCCUUGCCUACCUGGGCAAGCUGCAGAUUGCCGCUACGCGCAAAAAUAUGUACCGCGUUAUACAAGGUCCUAACAGAUCAUACAACGGUCCUGUCGAGCGUCUGCAGCAGUUGCGUUCCAAGAUGUUUGUGCCAACUAAUCCCAAUCAUGACCCGCUGCUCGUGGGUAUCAUGCUAGCGAUGGCACAACGACGCUUCUACGGUGAGCCGCAGCCGUCACCUAACAAAUGGACCCCUUCGCGGCCGUUCCCAACAGGGCUGGGGGAGCCAGAGUUCCACGAUGUGACGGUGCAACUCGUCACAAAUGACAAUGAAACAUCCGAAUUCAUCGUCUACAAGGGCACAGUUACGGCAGAGCUCCUUCGCAAGUUCCACGAACCCACAAAAAAUCCCUGCACGAAUGAAAGAAAGACGCUCGCCGACAGGCUCGAGAACAUAGCAGGUCAAGGGGGUAUGCGCAUCGAAUACACGAGAGUCCCUGUAUGGCCUAUCCUUGGCCUCAAGGAGAGACUGGGCAAAGCGCUCGGCAAGGAAGUGGUGGGGUAUUUCGAUGAGGACAACAUCGAAACAUGGGAAGAGGAAGCAGAGCGCAACCCCGAUAGGCUCAAGCGACGACGAGAUCGCGAGGCCCUUGCCGAAGUGUUAAACGGCAGCUUCGAGGAAGAGGUCACCAACGGUAUGCCUCUCAGUGGGAAACGAAGAUGUUUAGUUGACGAGGAAAGCGGGCAGGUGGGGGUGGUCGUUUGA